AGCUGCAACUGAAGGAUGUCAGAAGGCAAAGGGGGCCAGCCCCUCUCACAGCUCCAUGACAUCCUUCUGGAGUUCCAGAGGCCACAGCCGAGGACAGGAUCUCCCUCUCUGCACAACGCCCGCCCGUCCGCCUGUCUCAUGACCUCCGGGCCUCUCUCCUCCCUGGUUGCCAUUGGCUGUCUGCGGGGCCGCCCCCUAACGCCUCCCUCAUCCCUAGGAGCAAGCCCUCCAGAAGCUGGAGUGCAGCUCAGCAUGGAGGCAGCCGAGGCCAGGGCCCUUCUGCAACACAUCUUUCACCCUCUUCUCCCACUGGGGGUAGCCAGCGCGGAGGACCCUGAGGACGAGCCGUCGCCCCCAGUUCCAGAGGCAGCAUUCGCCCCAGAGCUGCUGGAACAAGCCGUGAAACUGGAGAUCCAGGGGAUUGCAGCAGCGGAGGCAGGAAAGGUGGACGAGGCCCUGGAAAGAUUUGGCCGAGCCAUCCAGCUGCUCCCGGAGCGAGCCUCUGCCUACAACAACCGGGCCCAGGCCCUCCGCCUCAAGGGGGACGCAGCAGGAGCCCUGAAGGACCUGGAGGCUGCUCUGCAGCUCAGCAAGGGGGCUGGCCGAGUGGCACGCCAGGCGGCUGUGCAGCGUGGGCUCAUUCAGCGGCUCCAGGGGGACGACGAGGCUGCCCGGAAGGACUUUGCCCAAGCUGCCCGGCUGGGGAGCCACUUUGCGCAUCAGCAGCUGGUGCUCAUGAACCCCUACGCAGCCCUCUGCAACCAGAUGUUGGCGGCAGCAAUGAAGCAGCUGCGAGGCCCCGGUGGCUCCAGGCAGGAGUCCUGUGAGGGGGCAGCCACAGUGUAAGCGCCACCCUUGGCUUGGCUAGCAGCUCCCUGACAAGGCCUCUCAAAGCCAUGAAUCCCACCAGCACAGCUGAGCAGAUGCAGCCCACGGCCAGAUCGAGCUGGAGGAGGCACUCGCCAGGCUGGGCUCUCGCUCGCUCGCCUGCAUGGAAAAUGUGAUUAAAAUGAAGUUAUUUUUGCUGCCGAUUAGCUUCU